CUCCGUGCGUUCCCUACUCAUCCAUUUCAUUGACUCCGCAGUCCGCACGCACGACCGACGUAAACAGCGGACCACACCGCCUCCCAAUCCCUCCCCCGCCCACCGGCCAACCACUCCUCACGCCGGAAAUGCCGCGGGGACGAUGCGGGAAUGGCGCGCCCUGAUCUCUCUCUCGCUCGCUCGCUCUCUCUCUCUGUCUAUCAAUUCCUUCCAUCCAUGGCACUUUCCAUCCCCGGCAUAAGCGGGAAUGGCGCGCGCUGAACGCCCCCACCGCCUUUCUCUUUCCAAACAAUGCCUUCUCUUCUUCCAAUUUUCCAUCCACGGCAGUUGAACUCUGAACAGCCUUUUACCUUCCCGCGUCGUCAAUCACGUACUCGUGGGACCCGCGCCGGUUGGUGAGAGAGGUUCGCCCGCCCGACAUCUUAUUGUCCGCUUCUCUCCUCCUUUCUCUCUCCUUUCCGUUUCUGGCCCGCGAAGCCGCGUUAUAAACAUCUCAGAAACGAAUUAAGGGGGAAUGUUGCGCGUCGAGGUGAUUCAAACGCGAUCGAUGAUGGCGAGGAAACGCGAUCGAUGGCGGUGAGGGAACGCGAUGAGCGGAGCGCUUGAGAAGAUAAGGGAGAGAUGGGAUGCUGGGCUUCGAGGCCUACGGAGACGGCGCUUAUGGCGCUAUGCCGGAGCCGGAAGGCGUUGAUUCGCGAAGCGAUUGAUCAUCGUUACGCCCUUGCUGCGGCUCACGCCGCUUACUUUCGUUCACUCGCUGCCGUCGGCGAUGGACUCUUACGAUACGCGAGGGAGGGGCUCUCGGCGGCGCCGGAGCCUGCUGUUCCAGUCGUUACUUUGCCCACUUCGAGAAAAAACAACGAUGGCGAUGGAAGCGGGGGGUCAUCGGCGACGCCUUUAUCCCAUUCGCCGUCGGACGAGGGUUCGCACCUGCAUAUUUCCUCCGAAUCUGAGACGGACACGGAAGCUGGCGAAGGAAAAGGAGGGGACCAGUCGGGUGGGCCUAACCCUAAUUACUACUAUAUGAGAUCCUCUUCGGCGACUCCCAACGUGGUUUAUGGGGAUCCGUAUGGUGGAUUAUAUGAUGGUUACGUUAAUGAUCCAAAUUACUACUAUAGCCAGUCGGUGAGCCCUCCUCAGCCGGCUAUGCUUUCUACCCCUCCGCCUCCACCGCCUCCGGGUUCCUCUGCCUGGGAUUUCUUAGAUCCCUUUUCUUCGUAUGAGCAGUUUCUACCCCGGUACUUUCCCAGCGAGUAUGGAACGGCGUCGGUCGGAAGCAGUUCGAAUUCAAGCGAGGUGAGAGCACGGGAAGGCAUUCCUGAUCUGGAGGAAGAGACUGAGCCGGAAGGGCUUAAUAGAGUGAAAAAGGGAAAGAUUAUAGCUGAAGAUUUUGAAGCAAAGGGUUCUGGAAUUGGUAGCUCCAAAACUGUACAGGUAAAGGAGAUAGAGGAAUUAGAUGAGAAAGAAAGGAAGGCGGGUUCUGGAAAGAAGGUUGGUAAGGUUAGCCCCACUGAGAAUGGGAGCAAUGGAAGUUCUUCCACGAGCUUGGUUAGUUCUGGAGAGAAGGCAAGCAAGCUUGGCCCCACUAAGCAAGGGAGUAAUGAAACUUCUUCCACAAGCUAUGUCGGUAGCAGUGGAGACCAAGAAUCAAGUUCGAAGAAGAAAGGGGUAACUUUUGAUGAGGGAACUUCUUUGGUGAGUGAAAAAAACGGGACGAGUGAUGGAGGCUUAUUAUCUAUGGAAGGCAAAAGGGAUGUUGUGGAAGCGUUGGGGGAUAUUAAAGAAGAGUUCAAGUCUGCUAUCAGUGGCAGUGAAGAGGUAUCGAAAUUGCUAGAGGUUGGAAAAAUGCCAUACCGGCCAAGAAACAGAGUAUUUAAAGUGAUCUCAUCCAGGAUUCUGGUUUGUGUUGGUUUCCGUAUAUCUUCACGCCAUUUUUUCAAACAUAGACGUCGUUUGGCAGCAACAACAAUGAAUAGCCGGUCUAUGAACGUGGAAUUUGAGAAACACGUCAGUAAGAAGUCUGUCUACCUCUCAACAAUCCUGGAGAAGUUGCAUUUAUGGGAAAAGAAACUUUAUGACGAAGUUAAGGCUGAAGAAAGAUUGCGUGUCAUCUAUGAGAAGAAGUUGAGGAAACUAAAAUCACUGGAUGAUAGGGGUGCAGAGCUCCAUAAGAUUAAUGCUACGCAAAUCUCAGUAAGAUCAGUGCGCACAAAGAUAAGCAUUGCAAUCACUUCUGUUGAUGUUAUUUCAAAAAGAAUGAACAGGAUAAUGGACGAGGAGUUGCAACCUCAACUUGUGAAAUUAAUCCAACGAUUAACCCAAAUGUGGAAACUGAUGCUGGGUUGUUAUCAAAAGCAGUUGCGUGCUAUAGUAACUAGCAAAAACUAUAACAUCCGUAUCAGAACAGUCCAGGAUUCAGUUACAAAUCCCACAAUAGAUCUAGAGCUCAUACUCCUGAAAUGGCUUGCCACUUUUAAUGAAUGGAUCACCUCACAGAAAUCUUUUGUCAACUCUCUAAAUGGAUGGCUAUCAAAAUGGCUUUCCAAAAAUCGCGAAGAAACUGAUGAUGGGAUUGCCCCCUUCUCUCCAACCACCAUUGGAGCUCCUUCUCUUUUUAUCUUAACCAACGACUGGUCUCAAGUUAUAAACAGGUUAUCCGAAGCCGACGUGAAGUCCGCAAUUCAAAGCUUUGCCGCGAAUAUGCACAAACUCAGGGAAACUCAAGAUUUGGAGCAGAAGCUAAACCAGAAAGCAGAUUCUCUGUCCAAAGAGUAUUCUGCAAAACUAAACAUUUUGCAAAUGGAAAAUGGAGACCGAGAUUUGUCAACAAUCGCAAACAUCGAAAAUACAGAGGAUGAUGAACGUUUUACCGCGCUGGAUUCCAUGAAGAAAAGAUUGGAUGAAGUAAAAGCAAAGCAUGUUGAAACAUUAAAACAAGUUCAAGAAGUUAGCUCAGCCAGCUUAACAAAAGGUCUAAUUCCAAUAUUUCAGUCAUUAAGUAGUUUUACCUCAGAGAUUCUACGAGCACACGAAGCUAUUCGUAUUCCAAAUAACGCUGGUGGAAGAAUUUCGAGUUCAGAAGGCUGAGUUCUAUUUAUUACUCGUUUCAGGUGAGGAUUGUAAGGUUUUCCUAUUGGUGGAUGAAGUCUGCGGAUCUGUACAGAAUUCAUUGAUUGGUUUAUUGGUUGGUAUGGUAUGGUAGGAUCAUAAUUAAAUUUUGGUAGUUUAUACAGUAAGAAAAAGAGGAUGGGCAUUUUUGCAGACAGUUGUAGGAUUUUUGGAGUUUUAUAAGGAUUUUAGGAAAUAUUUGUAGCCAUGGAUAUAGGAGCAGAAGAAACAAUAAUGCCUUUAUUUUUUUAAGUUCCAGGUGUAAUCAUAGUUGAUCUUUAAUAUGAUUGGUAUUUUCCCGUUAA